CGGAAGUAGUAUUUGACGCUUUCUGUAAUCUCGCGAGAGUCAUAACCGGACGCGCCGUCACUGAGUGAGGAGUUAGUUUGGAUUUGUUUUUGUUUGUAUGCGUCCUUCAAACACAGCUGAUGUGUACUCUGUUCGCCUGUGAGGACGCGUCCACAUGGAGGAGCGUCUAUGAGGAAUACUGGCAUGUAGUGGAGGCCAAGGCCAAAGGCAAGAAGCCUGCUGGAAAGCUGCUCAACCUUGACAAGUGGUACCAGGAAGAGCUGCCCACACUCAUCUUAAGCCGACCUGACAAACAUGUCACUCAGCCAGAGCUGGUGAAACUGAUGGAGUGGAAGCUCACGAGAGGAAAGUUCAGGCCGAGGCUGCAGCAGCUGGUGGCUUCUAACAGUGAAGACACUGUGGAGAAAUGUUCCAGAAAGGCCUUCAGCCUCCUGCCUGAUGUACAGGCAGCGAUCGCAGAGCUCAGCUCCCUGAAAGGAGUCGGCCCAGCCACCGCUUCAGCUGUGAUUGCAGCAGGAGCUCCAGAACAGACUGCAUUCAUGUCUGAUGAAGCCAUGGAGAGUGUACCAGGACUGAAGCCCAUCCAAUACACGGCCAAACAUUACGCGCUCUACCUGGGCAAAAUGGUCGAGAGGACUAAAAAACUAAACAAAGUGGAUCCCCACCAGGACUGGACGCCCCACAGACUGGAGAUGUGUUUGUGGGCGAUGACCAUAGCAAAACAGCAGCAGCUCCCACUUCUAAAGGAUGUUGACGUGAAGGCCAACAGCGUGGCGGAGAAGUGCUCAGAUGCUGAAGCUGACCAGAGACCAGCAAAGAAACUCAAAACCAGAUAAAAACUUACUAUUGCAGAGUAUUUUUUAUAUUAAACUUGCUUUAAUGUUUGUCAGUUCUUUUUGUAUUUUUCCUAAAAAAUAAAGCAUUUAUAU